CUGGCGACGUUGCUGGAGUCUGGCUGACAACGUAGCAUACGCGGCUUAGAACCGGCGGAGAGCGCAUAGGACUGCGCAUGCGUGGUCGGGCGGCUGCGGAGCGGCUAGACUAGGCUGGAGGCGGAGGCAAAGCUCCUGAGGGAAGGGCCACAAUGGAUGAACUACAGACUGCGGAGGAGACUGCAUUUAUUGUGGAUGAAGUAAGCACCAUCAUAAAAGAGGCUAUAGAAGGCACAAUAGGAGGCAAUGCAUACAUGCACAGCAAAGUGAACCAGUGGACCACAAGUGUUGUAGAGCAAAUCCUAAGCCAGCUAACAAAGCUGGGGAAACCUUUCAAAUAUGUUGUGACUUGUGUAAUUAUGCAAAAGAAUGGUGCUGGACUUCAUACAGCAAGCUCUUGCUUCUGGGACAACUCUGCAGAUGGAACCUGCACUGUGAGAUGGGAGAACAAGACUAUGUACUGUAUUGUCAGUGCCUUUGGACUUGCAAUAUGAUUGCCUUGGAAUCCAUCAGCCUUUAUGUCAACACUUUCAUUUCAUAGUCCACUAAAACUGUGAAUUCAAUGAAUAAUUUUGUUUUCAAAGAACUUCUAGUUUCUUCUAGUAAGAAAAUGGAAGAGCAAUUUAUCUGCUGUUACAUAAACACAUCACCUCUUAUCCAUAUCAAUUCACUCCCUGUCUUAACACUUUAAGGACUCUUUCUCAAGGUGCUAAAACCUGAAUCCUGCUGCAGUUCUUCAGCUUUAUUCCAACUGGUUUGAAUGAAACUAAUUUUCACACUUUAUAUUUUUCUUUGUUAUUAAAUUAUUCAAGUUCUGAA